AUGUUUGUCCUCGCCUCCAUCGGCAUAGCCACCGUCCUUUUGAAGUAUGCUCAUGCAUCCUUAAUGGACGCCAUGUUCCACUACACCCAGGUCAUCUUAACACGCUAUGCCACGCCCCUAAGCAGCUCCGUGGCAUACCCCACGCCCUUUGCACGGCCAUUCAGCGAGGUGUCAUCGCUGCUCCCUCUCAAUGCAACAUAUACCGCGUACACCUUGGAGCUGAAUGGAGGAAUUGGCAACGGGGAAUAUGGAUCCGAUGCGUAUGCCGGGUUAUGGGCGAACCUAUUGUACACGUCGUCUCCACCAUUCACCAGCACUCGUGCUGCAGUGCCCGUGGCGUCGUGUGAGCUGAUCUUUCCGCCACCGAUGUACUAUACCGUAGCCCGUGAGCACAGUGGAAAGCUGCCCUCAGACUUUGUAUGGGGGGUAUCAGCGAGCGCCUGGCAAAUUGAAGGCGCCUUGCAGCACGAUGGUUGGGGUCCUUCGGUGAUGGAUGUGACCGGUGCCGUGCAGUCAGCCAACAACCGGUCUGACGCUAACGUCGCUGCGAUGCACUAUUUCGUGUACAAGGAGGGCAUUGCCCGCCUGGCAGCGAUAGGCGUUCCAUACCUGUCCAUCUCCAUAUCUUGGACGCGGAUCGUCCCCUUCGGCACCGCGGACUCGCCGAUCAACACCAAGGGUCUUGACCACUAUGACGACGUGAUAAACACCUGCCUGGAACAUGGCAUCACUCCGAUUACCACCCUCAACCAUUUUGACUUUCCGUUGGGUCAAAUGGACGACUUCUCGACGCUGCCGGAGAACUUUCUCUAUUAUGCCAAACAUGUCAUCACUCGCUUCGCCGAUCGCGUGCCGUACUGGUUCACAUUUAAUGAGCCAAACAUCGCCACUCUAAAUCUCGUCGAUGACUGGAAUGAUCUGAUUACCAUACAGGAAGCUCACGCUGCCGUGUACCACUGGUACAAAGACGAGCUAGGAGAUGGCCACAACGAGUCCCAUGUGCACGCCACAGCACGGUACCAGGAAUUUGUCCUUGGCAUCAUGGGAAACCCGCUUUUCCUUGGCCAGCAGAUUCCCUCGUCAGUCCUGGAAACAGACACGUUAGGUCUUCCCCCUUAUCGGCAUCGCAAAUUGCCCGCUUCAACGGUACGGUGGGCUUUUGGGCCUUUGACCCAUAUGUUGCUCAGUUCGCAGCGCCUGCUAUCGAAGGGAUUGACUCGCGUGCCAAAAAUCCACGUAACCCCGACUGGCCACUCUGCGGAAUGCGUACUCCGCACUCGCACCACAAUACGCGCGCCAGCAACUGAAAUACGUGUGGGAUACUUUUCAUCCGUCCGGCAUAAUGGUAUGGUCACGGAGUUCGGUUUCAACCCGUUUCGCGAGGGAGAGCGCUCGGAGGAUGCCCAGCGGUAUGAUCUUGAGGGAACCCUCUACUACAAGGGCUUUCUCGGAGAAGUGUUCAAGGCCAUUCAUGAAGAUGGUGUCGAUGUUAUUGGGGCGCUGGCGUGGUCGAUCAUGGUUAAUAACGAGUUCGGCAGUUACGAGGAGCAAUACGGGUUGCAGACUGUGAAUAGAUCCGAUGGGACAUUCCGAGGGCGGUUUAAGCGGAGUAUCUUUGAUUUUGUGGAUUUCUUCCACUGUCGUGUUGAGGUGGAGGGGUAG